GCAAAACAAACCUUCAGGUGUGGCCUCUAAUAUAUUUAGCCAUGUUGCACUCUGAGGCAGCAGGAAUCUACUGUCUAGCUCCUGAAAACGCAUCCCCAUUUUCCACUAACUUUAGCUUGAUGCAAAACAAUAUGCCAUCACUCAACUUCACCAGAUUCUUAACCAACUUACCAAAUUCACAAACAUGUUCUCCUUUCUAUGAGUUUUCUCCGCAGUCCUCAGGCGCCGGCAAUAACUCAACCUCUGAUGAAGCAGAGGAGCACCAACUUAGCAUCAUCGAUGAAAGAAAGCAGAGGCGGAUGGUUUCCAACAGAGAAUCUGCUCGCAGGUCGCGCAUGCGGAAACAGAGGCACCUAGAUGAGCUCUGGGCACAGGUGGUUCGGCUUAAAACUGAGAAUAAUGAUCUCAUCGAGAAAUUGAAUUGUGUAUCAGACAGCCAUGACAUAGUUGUUCAAGAGAAUGCACGGCUCAAGGAAGAAGCUUCUGAGCUUCGCCGAAUGCUCACUGAUCUCCAACUUGGCAGCCCUUUUACUGCUUUGGGAGAUCUGGAAGAUUUUUCAUGCAAUACAGCUCAUCUCAGGGCUGAAUCUUCAAACCAAUCCAUCAACACUUCCACAAAUCUGCUUCAUUGAGAUGGAACACUGUUUCCUAAGAGAGAGAGAGUUUUCUUGUUCUAUCUUAUCAUGUUUCUUCUGUUUAGCAUGGACGUUUAACUUUCUUUCCGUUCGGCUUGGCUGUAUGAGAUCAGAAACGAAGUGUGCAAUAACAUCUUUAACCACGUUAUUCAAAC